AUGAUCGUCGGCUUGCGCUUGGUCCGUGCGCUGCUCCCCGCGCUGUACGUGCUCGCAACGGCGUCUGCCGCGUCCGGUCCACGCGCUGCAGAGCUGCAAGAUGCUCACGAGGCGACGGACGCGACGGAGCCUGCGCUCGCGUCGUCCACAGACGCCGUGGAAGUCGAGACGUGGGAAGUUCAAGUCGACGGAUCUGUAUUCAGCAACGAGCAGCAGCAGGAGGAGCUUCAGUUCGGGCGUCCACUGGAUCGCAAGAAAGAGUCCGUGUUAAUUGAUGAAGUGGGUCACUGGGAACCUGCUGUGGGAGGCGACGAGGACGACGACGAGGGGGAGGAGGAGGAAGAAGAGGCCGUGGCGACUGAGCAAACCGCGUCUCUGGUCUUAUUGAAGGCAUCAGAAGCUUUUGUGGCAUUGAUAAAUCGCAUGGAAGUCGAGGGGUUUACCGCUGAGAUCGUGGAAGAGCUGGAGAAAGUAGUGGACGAUCGGUUGACUAAUAAGGACCCGGAGAGAGCAGACGACUGGGCGUUUGCCGUGACGACGCUCUCGCUCCAGCAACUUUUUGAACCCGAUGCAGCGUCAAGCAAUGAACAGACUUUUAUUGAUGCUGUCAACAAUCUUUACGUUGCAGCAGACGCAGGUGUGCAGUCGGCACUGAGUGUGCGAGCCAUGCUGGACCUCAUCGGCAUCCCUGAUCCCGGGGAAAUGGAGGAUUCGACCAUCGUGCGACUGUCCCGGCAGCAGAAGCAGAUCCGCGGCGAUCGGAUGCUGUCGAAGUUGCUGGCAGUGCAUGACUUUACAGCCACUUUAGCAGUGGCGUAUGGGACUCUGUCCGGCAGGAUCUCGGCGCCGAGAAAAUCCAGUGCGACAGACGCUUCGACUGACGCAGAUUCGGUCUGUGAAGCUGCUGUGCCUUUAUAUCACACGUGUGCCGAACAAAAUGUGCACAUUAUUGAUAGUGAAGGUGGCGAGCAAAUUGUGGGGGUCGCGCGGCUCUCAGAUGAGCUUUUAUAUCCUCCAGGAGGUAGUUUCAUUGAUGACUACGAUAUUGAAAGACUGAAUCCGCUGCACGACGAGAACGCUGCAGUUCAUGAGCUCGAGCUUUACCAUGACAUUGCGAAUAACCCCAUGGAUGAGCGCUAUCCACAGGCGAUGCUACAUCUAGCUGACACCUAUUUCUUCGGCAACAUGGCAGCUCACGUGGCGGCUGAUCGAGAACUCGGAGCACGAUACUUUCGUCUUGCUGCAGACGCCGGUAAUCCAGUUGCCCAAGGUAACUAUGGUAUGCUUCUCGCAAGAGGUGUCGGUGUUGAUCGAGACGUACAACAAGCAAUUGUGUACUUUGACCGCGCAGCUCGGCAGAAGGAGGCGUUUGCUUUGCAUGGACUUGGCGUCAUCUAUUUUACUGGAGACGGCAUUCCCCAAAACGUAACACGAGCGCUCGAGCUCUUCGAAGAAGCGAUUGCACUGGGAUACAUUGAAUCGCAUUUGUUCCUGGGAUCUGCCUACCUGCAAGGUGAUGGAGAUUUGCCGGUCGAUGAGAAGAUGGCUUUCUCACAUGUCGAGGCAGCAGUAGAUGACACCGACGGCCAAUCGAGUCGGGCAUUAUUCGAACUGGGCGUAAUGCACUUUCGAGGCAUCGGCACGCCGCGCUCUUGCCGGACUGCUCUGUCGCUAUUCCGACCAGUGGCUUUGCAUCCUAAUGUGCUAUCGGCGCUUCCGUUUUCGCUGACCAAAGCGUAUGAAUGCUACACGAGAGGUGAUUAUCUACGCGCGUACUUGCAUUACCGGCUUGUAGCAGAGCUGGGGGAUGAAGAUGGUCAAUGCAAUGCUGCUUUCCUGUUGGAGCACUAUGGCGAUCGAAUUCUCAAGUGGCAAUGGCUAGGACUUGCCAAGUCAACGGAGGACUCGAGCAGUCCGUUGUUGCGUGAAGUUCUGACGUUAUAUUCGCAAGCAUCGGCGCUGAACGACUCCGAGGCAAUCCGAAAGACUGGUGUAUGCUUCCAUGAGCCCUGGGCCGGUGUGUGCUCAAGCAAUCACACACGUGCACUAGAGCGCUACAGAUUUGCAGCGGAGCUAGGCAACGUACAGGCUGGCUACGAUUGCGGUUCGAUGCUGGCGACGGGCGACGGCGUGCCUCGAGAUCUUGCGGCUGCUCGAAGCUGCUAUAUCAAGUGCAGCGAAGCUUCGUUUCCUGCAAAUGUACCGUGCGUACUUGCGCUCGCAGGUCUGAACAUCCUAUUAUUCAUUGAGGGGAUUGUGCAGAAGAUCUGGGUGUGGUAA